GUAGAAAGUACUUUAAGCUUCCUGUCAGAUAAUAGUUGCUAUUUACUAAGUUUUAGGACCCUCAUACCUAUACCUACGUUUUAAACUGGUUUUUUCUAACCCAUGCUUGCACACACGUUCCCAUAUAACUCGGCGCCCAUGCUGCGUACGCACAUGCAUAGAAUUUCCGUUACGUUUGGAGAGUUACGAGUCGGAAUCUUGUGUUCAUUCCAAAACUCAAACCCUGGAAGUCCGCCGCUCGACGCGCCGACGCAUUUACUCUUUCAUCUUUUACUCAUAGAAAUACAGAAAAUCGUAACUCGUGCAUAUCGCAGACUUUUAUCCCUUUAAAAACCAACUCGAAUCGAUGCGAAAAGUUAAUUUAUAUACAGUGAAACAUUGAAAACAUUUACCGCAUUUUACAACAUAGACCAAUGAGUCGGACGUUAUUUUAUUUAAAUAGAAAUUGUGCAGUUUUAUAGUGAUUUGUGAUCAAAAUUAAAGUUCAUAAUGAUAACUAAUGGUCCAGAGGCUUUCGAGCAAGAGGAUUUACUCAAGAAAGGAAAAGUUGUUGAAAUAUCGGGAUCUAAGCAAAGAUUGAGUGGAAGAAAAUGGAAGGUUCCUGUCCGAUUUUGGAUAGGACUGAUGGUGUUCCUUACCACAUACAUCAACUACACAACACGAGUGAAUAUGUCAAUGAGUAUUAUAUCAAUGACCAAAGGAAAAUCAAAAAGUACGCCAGAAUGUAUUCUACUGCAUCAACAGGAAGAAGAUGCGGCAAAGUUGGCACUGAACUCAUCAUAUCAAAUAGUGAACAAGACAAUGAACAAAACAUUGGCUAAUUUUGGGGAACGAUACGAUUGGGACGAACACGUGCAAGGUCAGAUAUUAGGCAGCUACUUCUGGGGCUACGUGAUAACUUCCCUGCCAGGUGGAGCUGCAUCAGAAUGGUGGGGUCCUCAUAAAGUAAUCUUCUGGAUGACAUUGUUAUCCGGGAUAAUCAACACUCUCAGUGUACCAGCCGCUUGGUACCACUUUGGGCUAUUAAUCACCUGUAGAUUCUUAUUGGGAAUAUUUGGGGGUUUCGUUUAUCCUGCUGUACAAGUACUGAUUGCAAAAUGGGCACCUCCUGCUGAAAAGGGAAAAUUUGUAGCUGGUUUGAUGGGCAACACUUUAGCCACUUGUAUAACAUGGCCUCUGGUAGGAGGUGUAACGUCUUCUGUUGGCUGGGACUGGGGCUUCUACGCUAUCAGCAUUCAAUGUUUCGUUUUCUGUAUAAUUUUCUGGUUUGUGGCUGCCGAUAGUCCAGACGAUCACAAGUUUAUAACACAGGAGGAAGUUUCGUACAUUAAAGAGGCUCAAGGAGGUUCAGUGACAAAGAAAAAACACACACCUCCAUACCUUUCAAUCAUGAAAAGUGUACCAUUUUGGAUGUUGACCGUUCUGCAUUUUGGAAAUUUGUGGGGAUUAUACUUGCAACUCCAAAGUGUACCAAAGUUUAUGGCGGAAGUAGUAGGAUUUAAUUUGAAGCAAGCGGGAAUACUCGCGGCUUUACCUCAUUUGACAAGGUUAUUCUUCGGUACUGCUUAUGGAUCUAUCGGGGACUGGCUGAAAUCAAGGAAGAUAUUAUCGCCCAAAGCCAUAAGAAAAACAUUCGUUUUGUUUUCUCAUGUCAUUCCUGGAAUAUUGCUCAUAGGCAUUGCUUUAACCGGAUGUAACUGGGUACCAAUAGUUGUCAUGUUGACCUUCAGUAUGGCCAUUAACGGUGCAGCUGUGUUGACUAAUCUACAAAACCCGCAAGACUUAGCUCCAAAUUUUGCCGGAUCCAUUUUUGGAAUCAUUAGUUUCAUAGGCGGAAUGACAGGUUUCAUAGUACCGGCCAUAACAGGGGCAUUUAUCGCUGAACACAAUGGAACAAAAGAAUGGGGUUACAAUUUCAUGCUUGGAGGAGGAGUCUACAUUGUUUGUGGUGUCAUAUUUAUACUCUUUGGAUCUGUGGAAGAACAAAAAUGGAAUAGAGUUGCAGAUCAAGAAGAUGCAACAGCAGAAACAAAAUAAAUAUAUUUUUCGAUAUAUUUAAAAUGUGAAAAAUUUACCGUUUUUAUUCAAAUAUGGUUGUUACAAGCCAAUAUAAAUGACUGAUGAUUGAAUAAUGUGUUUUAUAUGUUUCUUGUCUUUCAGACAUACACUUCUCCGUACAAAGCUUUAUAAUAUUUACCUCUUUAAAUGUACCUAAGACAAUAUAUACGUAUAUAUUAAAAAAGUAUAAAUCAU